AUGAAUGAAUAUAAAAAUAUUGAAUAUACACGAAAAUAUAGAAAUAUAUUUGGAAAUACAAUACAAAAAGAAGUUAAUUCACUUGGAAUUAAUUGUUUUUAUGAAUGUAAUGAUAUUCAAGAAAGUGAAAUACCAACAAGUGUAAGUAAAAUAGAAAAUGGAUGUUUUUGUGAAUGUUCAUCAUUAAAAACAAUUAAUAUACCAUCAUCAAUUACAUCAUUUGGAGUUGGAUGUUUUUAUCAUUGUGGAUGUGAAGAAGAAUUAAAGAAGAAUAAAACAAUACCAGAAAAUUGCUUUUAUAUAUAA